AUGGCGUUCGCAUAUCUGGACGAUAAUGACCUUCUCGACGGCGCGAGCGACGACGAUGGCGAUGACGGCGAUUCGGAUUUGUCAGCAGACGAUGUUGGCGAUGCGGACGACGUUGGCGAAGAGGCAGGCGACAUAGAGGGUGGAGGAGGCGCCGUAGAGGGUGGGGGGGAGCCGAUUGAGAGAGGGGGAGCUACGGCGGAGAAGGAAGAAGAAAAAGCGGAGGAACAAGAAGAGGAGGAAGAGGAGGAGGAGGAGGAGGAGGAGGAAGAAGAGGAACUGGAUGAAGCACAGCGCGUUAUGGCCGCUGACGACGAUGAGAUGAGCGUUCACUCGGAGGAGGAAGAGGAAGGGGAGGAGGCGGAGGGGGAGGGGGAGGGGGAGGGGGUAGGCGCGCGUGGGGGGGAUGAAGAAGCUCGGGGGCAAGGAGACGGGGGGACAGGUGGCGAUGGCGCUGAGAGGGCGGGCGGACUGGACGUGCGGACGAACGGAAGAGUGGCGGAUGGGGGGAGGCGAGAGGCGGGAGGUGAAGAGGCGGAGGUAGCAGGAGAAGGGAGGAGAGGAGCGCAAACAGUUGGGCGUCUGGAGGAGGAGAAGGAAGCGAAGGAAAGCGGUGAGCAAUCAGAGGCGGCAGGAGCAAAGGGGGGAACGGAGAGGGGAGAGGUUUCUGCAGCAGCAGAAGCACGUGUGACCGCAGCCGCAUGCGCAGAAGGGGAGACACAAGAAGCACGAGAGGGUGGCGCUGCGGGAGAGGUGCCCUCUCCAGGGGACGCUCGCAUAGUGGAGGAAAUGGCGCCUUCAGAUAGUGACGCGGCUGUGGCAGCCGCUGAGGAACUCCCAGCAGAUGACGCACCUGUAGUGGCGACAGAGGUGCCUUCAGCAGGGGAAGCAGCUGUAGCAGCAGCAGAGGUGCCAGUGCCAUAUGUGAAGCGCAUGAUGCGCCUGGAUGGCGACGUGCGGCAAGUUUCAUCCGAUGCCGCCCAGCUGGUGGCCUCUGCCGCCCACCUCUUCCUCGAGAGCCUCGCCGCUGCCGCCUUCUCUCGCACUCGCUCCGCCCGCCGCCUGACCAUCACCCAGGCUGAUGUGGCGGCUGCUGUGCGCUCAUCAGACAAGAUCAGCGAGUUCAUUGGCUCCUCCAUAUCCUGCCUUCGCCACGUCAGCAGCGGUCCAGGUCGUGCUGAUGCAGCAGGGGGGAGGGGGAGUGCGGGGAUGGUGGGGUCAAGGAAGCGGGUGAGGGCAGAGGCAGCAGCGCCAGCGGCAGUGCGGGACAGGAAGGCACGGUUCAUCACAGCCUUCUUCCUCAAGACAUAG